GUUUCAAGACACUUCCCCUCAGUCUUCUUCCGAUUUCCUCUGGGAAAAAAUGCGUGGGCUCUUCUUUGUCCUGGUGACGUUCACAGCGGGCACCUCUGCUUUCAGACUCCAGCAAGUCAAAAGCACAGAAAACUGCCCAGAUCACACCGUGUUUUUCAAACAUUACUAUGAACUGCAUGGAGAACCUGUGGUUCUGAAAUGCCCUUCCCCCAGAUACAAACAUUUGGAUUUUUCUGCCUUGACCCCUAAUAUCACAUGGUAUAAAAAUGGUUCAAAAACCAUGAUAUCAGGAAGAGAUGAAGAUCCAAGAAUGUGGGCAAAAGGAGAUGCACUCUGGUUUUUGCCAGCGAUGCUGGAAGACUCAGGAGUAUAUAUCUGCACUAGAAGGAACUCCUCCUACUGCGCCGAGGUCUCCAUCUACCUCACGGUUGUGGAGAAAACAGCUGCUCGGGAGAUUGCAUAUCCCCAGGUCCUCUCCACUUUCACCUCUGGAAAGAUCGUUUGCCCUGAACUGUGGGAUUUUACACCAAAUAGGACAAGCCUGGAGCUCAAGUGGUACAAGGAUGCUCUGCCUUUGGAAGACGCCAGUGAAAAAUUUGUCAUUCUGAAAGGUUCGACUUCUCUGAUCAUGACUUCUGUGCUACCAACAGACGCUGGCUUUUACACCUGCAAGAUGGCAUUUCCAUAUGAAGGUGUAAAGUAUGAAAUCACCAGAACAAUUCAGCUGGAGACUGUUG